CCAUCCUCCAGUCGGAGCUCCAAACAUACUCACCCCCUCACCCGACGCGCUCGCGCAAGUAGCAGAGCCAUUUAUUCAUUCAGCAUCGUUCAAACGCACAACAUAGACGGACGCUGCCCUUGCACUCGCACUGUAACUGCUGGACUGCUAUACCCCAUCGUGCACUCGAGGUUUACCGUUGGGCCCCUCUACCAUUAUCUCUGCUGUUCUGCAUCACCGGAAUAAGGUUCUGCGCGCGCUGCUGCUUUCGCUGAAGGUGUUCUCGUCAACAUUUGCAUCAAGGCCCGUGGAUGAAUGAUUUUCGGACUACGCGGUUCCUUUAGGAGUGCUAGUAAGCGUGCAAUAAUGAACUGACAUGUUGCACUGAAGGACAGUGAGCUGCCAGAAGGCUGAUAUACGAAUAACUCACUGUGUGUCACUGUGUGGACUGGACGGCUCAUCGAUGAUAUUGAAGAUGACCCAGCUGUCUUCUCUCAAGAUCGUUGUCCUAGGGAGUAAAGAAGUUGGCAAAUCUGCUGUCAUAGUACGGUUCUUGACGAAGAGGUUCAUCGGCGAGUACAAGUCUAACUCCGAUUGGCUUUACAAACAGUCCGUCGCAUGUGAUGACGUCAAGACCAACAUCGAAAUUUUAGAUAUCUCCAGAUGGACCGACGACGGCUGUCCACCGAAGGACCAGAUGCGCUGGGCAGACGCCUUUGUAGUCAUCUACAGCAUCUGCGACAAGACAAGCUUCCAGCAGGCGUCAGAUUACGCUGCGGCUAUUCGGCGCCUGCACACACCUUCCUACGUGCCCAUACUCUUGCUGGGGAACAAGCUGGACCUGGAACACUGUCGGCAAGUGUCCGUCGAGGAGGCCCAGGAGCUGUGCACGCAAUACAGCUGCCAAUUCUACGAAGUGUCGGCGGCCGAUAAUUGUGACGGCGUCGAACUAGCCUUCCACAACUUCCUGCGCGAGGCACGGACUCUGUACUUUCACAGAAGCCUACCAAGGACCCGUAAACUUAGCAUCGUCGCUGUGUCCAAAGUAUUCGGUGCCAUGUUCGGUAACAGGGCCAAAGUCCAGGCAGCACAAGAACAACAGCUGCCAGACAACAACCAGAAGACCAAAAAGAGACCUUCCUUGUCCCUCUAAAAUGUGACUGUGUGACGAGGUGAAUGACUAGUCAUCGAAGACUGUGAUAUACGCAUGCAUGUCUGUUGUCGUCACCGAGACAGCGCAAACCUCGGCUCAGAACUGUGAAAAACUAAAGUGACAUUGAGUAUUGCCUCGCGUUGCCGGGUGUUGUGUCGAAACAAAGGAUAGUACAUCCUGUGCCAAUUCCAUCCAAUGUCGCGAACUGGGCUCUCCUGCUUUGGAUCAUUGCAGACUGCAUUUACGAAUCCCACCCACCCAGUGCAUGUUAUAGCGAGAAGCAUUGUGUAAUUUCAUUGUCAUCCUCAUGUGUGAGCUGCCUACUCAGUGUUGCAGAGGAGGCGAUGUAAAUGCAAACUCCGCCCUUGUUCUGCAAAUGAAACAAGUUCUUUCACGAAAAGAAAGACGUGAAAAUACAGAAUAUAUGUCUGGACAUCACAGCAAAUACAUUUUCAUGUUGGUCCGA